AUGCCCCCAACAUUCGCUGCCGCACCCAAGUCAGUCGCAAGCAGGCCGAGCUACGGUUGAUGGCAUUUACUGACCGUAGUUGGGGUACUGCAGAUGCACAUAUUGUGGCAAAUCGGUCUACUUUGCCGAGUCAGUCAACGCCUGACUCGUUCGCGCGCGCCAGCAGUGUAACCCUUCAGUUGUGGAUCGCUGAUCAGUAACACGCCAAUCGGGAUGUUUUGUACAACAGGCAAGCUAUAGGGCCCGCUGGAAAGGUGAUUCGCGCUGUCCCUUGUUCCAUCAAAUCGCUGCAAUCCGACAAGUCGCGUCGAAUCGGCAUUUGGCACGCGUCAACUCGUGUCCAUCGACGGUUCUGUCCGCACUGGCCGUUGAGGCUGACUCUCGUCGUCUUAAUCAUCUUGACCAGAUCUAUCAUAAAACAUGUCUCAAGUGCUCUUCAUGUAGCAAGACACUCGAGCCGGGGGCGUUGCUGGACCAUGCCGGUGACGUGAGUGAAUGCCCCGUGCCGAGAAGCGCAGUUCCCGCCGAAAGGGCCCACUUCAAGAGGCGCUGAGUGUUGAACAUUUCACACCUAUUUUCAGCCGUAUUGUAAGGCGUGCUAUGGCAAGGCCUUCGGGACUCGAGGAUACGGCGUCGGUCAGUCCCGUCAAGGCGACGUGGCUCACGUCGGACCAUCAUCGUACAGGAGUCGACUUCGCUGAGCUCUUACGAUCCGUCCUUAGGUAGAGCUUUGGUCGCAGACUACCAUGAUCCUCGUUCGGUAUCGAAAAAUUUACCUCGUCACUCGCAAGACGUUGCGGCUGCAUCACUAUCGGCGUCAACACCAAAUUCUCCAUUUUCUGCACCCCAAGCCGCUCCCGCUCCCGACAUGCCGUGCGCAGGGCCCAGUAGGAUGGCUGAAACGGACUCAUACAGGUCAAGAGCUUCGUUGCCCAACAUGCCACGGCCGACUGUACCUUCGAAACCAUUUUUGGCCGGUCGAGCCUCCGUUUCGACCCCUCCUGGUCGAAUCAGUGGCGACCUUUGUCCGAGGUGCCGAACGACCGUGUACGCUGCAGAGCACGUCCUUGCAGCGGGUUCAAAGUGAGUCUAUGAUGAAAGGUUGGCUUUUGGAUCGAUAUGCGCUUACUGCGAUCGAUGGUUCUCAUAGGUGGCACAAGUAAGACCUCUGCAAUCAGGCCGAUCGGGACUCGCGUACUGACCAUGGUGAUAAUUUUGGUCUUCAGACGGUGCCUGCGGUGCGCAGGUUGCUCGACUGCGUUGGCUUCGGGUCAGCUCAAUGAAAAGGAUGGAGAGGUUAGUCAUGUUGUUUUGUUCAGUCAUGUCAUUCGGCCUGUUUGGGGAUGUGAGAUGCUCUACUGACCCGGGAAGAAUCUUUACCACUUGUCACCCACCGCAGCCGUGGUGUCGCCACUGCUACGCCAACAAGUUUGGUCAUUUGGCGCAUGGGGUCAGUGAGCAUUCAUAUGGUUCAAGAGGAUUCGCUUUGGUGCUGAUAGAACCAAUCUACCAUAAAUUCGAUCCAGCUGAUGUCGGUAAGUCCGCGAGAGUCGUUCGCCGAUCCAAAACGCCGACUCUGACCAAAUCUGCUCGAGUUGAAUCACAGCGACCGGGUCUGUUCUGA